AUGUACAGUGUCAAUGUUCGUGCUCGUCAUUACUCAUUACUUAAAGCCGAGCAUCUCCUCUACCCCCCAAACAAUUAUUGUGUUCAAUUGAAUUGCUCACGUCAUGCUAAAGGCAUGAUGCUUAACAAGGCGAAGCAGCACUACGUCGUCCUCUUUACUCUCGCUAGUGGCCCCUGCACAGCGAAAUCGGUUGACCUUUACUGCAAAGCAUGUAAGAUCAAUUACCACUACAAUUACAGUGUAUCUGAAGGGGAACAGACAUACUACGAGGACCAACCUCCUAACAUACAAGUUGCCGAACACGUCUACAUGGCGAAGGAGGUCAUCGAGCUCUUUAAGACCGCGAUGGACCUUGCGUGGACAUCAGCCACUAACUGUGCACGGCUCUAUAACCUAUGUCUCUCAUGUGGCAAGCAAGCACCAGCAUCAUACGGAGUGAAGUUCGAAGUUUACGUAGACCAUGUAUGGGAUGGCUAUGUUACCUCCUCGCUUCUUGAAGACUGUGAACAUCGAAAAUGUUCCCUGACCAUCCCUCACACUGGCAAACAAUGUGAUCGCUUCACUACCGCAAUGAUUGCGAGAAAUCGUCGGACACAGCUCUAUGGCUAUGAUGAUGUGCAUCGUCACCACUGUGGUAAAUGUACUCGGAUGUACACUGAUCCUGAGGGCAAUUGUGAGUAUCAUUGGCUCGAGGUGUGA